AUGGCCGGAUUUUCAGUAGAAAAUCUAAUAUCUUCAGCGGGAACCCACUCGAACACCUCUCUUGGUUCUGGUCUCUCUCAAUGCCCACAAAUUAGAACCCAAACAACUUCCCCUGGUUUUACAGAAAAUUGCAAGAGAGAUUUCUCAGAGAUCAUUCGAAUAUUCAAUAAUAAUCAGAUGGAAGCGCUAUCACUGCCUAUGGCACCACUUCAUAAUUCUGGAUUUAUAAAUCAUAUUCCUUCCGUUGAACGCAAUUUAAGGCCCGAAAUGAUUGGUCGCUAUUAUUCUCCCAUACCUACAGUUUUUUCGUUCGGGACUCUUUUUUCAGAUGCGAUUGCUCAAGGUAUGCGACCUUAUCGGAAGGCAAAGCGCAUUCGAACCGCCUUUUCACCGACGCAGCUUCUGCGACUGGAGAGUGCUUUUGAAGUUAAUCACUACGUUGUGGGUCAGGAGCGAAAACGACUUGCAGAAUCACUGGAUCUCACUGAAACUCAAGUCAAAGUAUGGUUCCAAAAUCGUCGAACAAAACACAAACGCCUGAAUACAGAAAGAGACGGUGACACCAACCAAAUUCAGGACGAAAAUGGGGAGAACGAGGGAUGUGCAAAUGCAACCGACUCGGCCACUCCAUCACCGUCGCCAUCAGUAGCUGAUCACCAGAGAGACUUUCCGGAGGGUCGUUUUUUGGCGACGACGUCGCCCCCAUUGCGCCAUUUUGAAGACAAUGUUCUCAACCUCUCCACUGCAUCGAGACCUUCCCCAGCCUCCAUAUCCAAUCCCUCUGUCUCGCCUACUUCUAUCAGCACUUUGAUGGACAAUCAGAUGCUUAUGCACCUCAUGCAAUUCGCCCAAAUGCACAGAGUUGAUCCUUCAUCCUAA